CAAUAGAGAAGUGGGUGUGGGUAUAUAUAAGGGUCAUUCAUUUCUCCACCUCAACAUAGUCACCGUACAUUUGCAUUCUAGUACCAAUCCAUCUUCAACCAGGCUCCUUUCUUGUCAUUGUCAAAUCCCAGAAUUAACUUGACAAAUAUGGCGGGAGAAAAGAAUGGAAUUGCCAAGGAUGUAACUGAAUUGAUCGGUAACACUCCUUUGGUGUACCUGAAUAAUGUUGUGGAUGGGUGUGUUGCUCGCGUUGCUGCCAAGCUCGAAAGCAUGGAGCCGUGCUCUAGUGUUAAGGAUAGGAUUGGUUAUAGUAUGAUUACGGAUGCUGAGGAGAAAGGCCUGAUCAAACCUGGCGAGAGUGUCCUCAUUGAACCUACAAGUGGAAACACUGGAGUAGGAUUGGCAUUUAUGGCUGCUGCUAAAGGCUACAAACUCAUCAUAACGAUGCCUUCUUCAAUGAGUCUUGAGAGGAGAAUUAUUCUGCGUGCUUUUGGUGCUGAGUUGGUGCUUACAGAUCCAGCAAAAGGGAUGAAAGGUUCUAUUCAGAAGGCUGAAGAGAUUAAGGCCAAAACACCUAACUCCUUUAUUCUUCAGCAAUUUGAAAACCCUGCAAACCCAAAGGUACACUAUGAGACCACUGGUCCUGAGAUCUGGAAAGGCUCAAAUGGGAAAGUAGAUGCUCUCGUCUCUGGAAUUGGAACAGGAGGCACAAUAACAGGUUCAGGCAAGUAUUUAAGAGAGCAGAACCCCGACAUAAAGCUCUAUGGUGUGGAACCAGUUGAAAGUGCUAUUCUUUCUGGAGGAAAGCCUGGUCCGCAUAAGAUUCAGGGGAUUGGUGCUGGUUUCAUUCCUGGUGUUUUGGAAGUUGGUCUUAUUGAUGAAGUAAUUCAAAAGUGUGUGCAAGAGCUAUUGAACAUUGUAAUAGUCAUGCCGCAGUUUUGCGCACUCCUAACGUCCUACAUGUUUUGGAUACUGAAAAUAUGCAUUUUACAGGUGGGCAUAUCAUCUGGUGCUUCUGCUGCUGCAGCAAUCAAACUUGCUAAGCGCCCUGAAAAUGCUGGGAAGCUCAUUGUUGUUGUUUUCCCAAGCUUCGGGGAGCGAUAUCUUUCCUCUGUGCUCUUUGAAUCUGUUAGACGGGAAGCAGAGAACAUGACCGUGGAGCCUUGAACAUUUUGUCCUUCGACUACCAUACCAUAGUCUCGAGAGGGUUUUCCGAUCAAAGCAGAAUGUUCUUGUCUGAACCUUUUCCUUUCCGGUUUGCUGAAACUUCUAAAAAUAAGGCCUUUUUCUUUUUUUUAGUGGCCAUUCAAGUAUGUCUUAGUGCUUUUGUAAGUUUACUGUUUCUACAACACUUGUGACAGUGGAUUUAUAACAGGAAUUUCAAGAGCUGUGCUGCUUGUUCAUCAAAGUUCCUCUAAA